UCUUUCCCUCCUAUUCAUUCCACCAAACUCCAUUCCCAUUCCUUUUGAGCUCCCUUCUCCAAAAGCCAAAAUUUAGUCCCACAUCGGAAACCCACCCUUCUCCAAUCACCUUCAUAUAUGACCACCUCCACCGCGAUGCCUUCUCUUAAUAGUCUCCAAACCCUUCAGACCUCCUUCUCCGUCGAUGUCGCCACCGCCCAUGGCCGCGCUCUCAACGUCCCUCUCUUGGCUCCGUUCACCAUCGCCAACUCGAAACUCGACUCCGCGCGCAACGUUGCUAUACGCGUGGAGCUCGUCAAUGGCUGCGUUGGCUGGGGCGAGGCACCUGUUCUCCCUUUUGUCACUGCUGAGGACCAGCCCACUGCCCUCGCCGCUGCUGCUGAUGCUUGCCAGUUCCUUGUCCAAAACCCUCCCAUGCUUCUCGGCUCUGUUCUUGCCGAGAUGUCUCGCUUCCUCCCUGGCCAUGGGUUUGCUUCUGUUAGAGCAGGAGUUGAGAUGGCACUGAUUGAUGCUGUUGCUAAAAGCAUUGGUGUACCUCUUUGGAGAUUGUUUGGAGGUGCAUUGGAUACAAUAACAACCAAUAUUACAAUUCCGAUUGUUUCUCCCAGUGAAGCUGCAGAAUUAGCUGCAAAAUAUUAUAAGCAGGGAUUUAGCACAUUGAAACUUAAGGUGGGCAAGAACCUUGAGUCAGAUAUAGAAGUUUUGAAGGCUAUCAGAGUGGCUCAUCCAACUUGCGCAUUUAUCUUAGAUGCAAAUGAGGGAUAUACAGCGAAUGAAGCUGUCGAAGUUCUUGAAAAGCUUCAUCUGAUGGGGGUUACUCCUGUUCUAUUUGAGCAACCUGUUCAUAGAGAUGACUGGGAAGGUCUGCGCCAUGUUACUCAUGUUGCAAAGGAGAAGUAUGGUGUAUCUGUGGCUGCAGAUGAAAGUUGUAGAAGUUUGCAGGAUGCUCAAAAAAUUAUACAAGGAAACCUAGCUAAUGUCAUCAACAUCAAAUUAGCAAAGCUUGGGGUUCUUGGGGCUCUGGACAUCAUUGAGCUUUCAAGAAAUGCAGGCAUUGGUCUUAUGAUUGGCGGUAUGGUUGAAACUAGACUUGGCAUGGGCUUUGCUGGUCAUCUAGCUGCUGGUCUUGGAUGUUUUAGUUUUAUUGAUCUGGACACUGCUAUUCUUCUGGCUGAUGAUCCUGUGGUUGGAGGAUAUGAAGUUUCUGGUGCUAAUUACAAGUUCACUGAGGCAAGCGGUCAAGGUGUUUUCCUUAGGUGGGAUGGGGGUUCUUGGUGAGUCACUAUCUACUUACCAAACUUGAUGAAUGAUUUUGACAUGAAGAAUUGAGACUUUUCACCAGCUUCCUUAUGUCCCUUUUCAUCUGCAUGCAAUUCAAGGUUGUUACUCAAAAUUCACUUGCUUCCAAAAUAAUUCUCUUGUGAGAAACCAAGGAAAAGAAAAAGCAAAACCUUCAGAGACAAAUCUUUUCAGUUUGUGUGAACUUAGAGUUUAUGAACAACUCUUAAGUUGAUGAUUCUCUCUUGAAUUUCUUUCCUUUUUUUUUUUUUUUUUUUUUUUUUUUGGUGAUCAUACUUGGGAGUAGAUUGAGAACAAAGAAAUUGUAUCUAGUGGUCCUUUGAUUCCUUGUGAUUGUUUGUACUUUGGUGAUUAAUUGAGAAAGAUUAAGAGCAUAAGAACUUUAUGCCUUGAUCACUCUUGUGGGUUAUUCAAGUUGUCUUCCAAAAUUGAUUAAAAGAAGGCAGUGAUUUUGAAGA